AUGUCUCAGCUAAAAGGAUGGAAAUAUGUUGCAUUCCUAUCAGCUUUUGUUGGCAGCAUAGGAAUAGCAACUUACCCAAUCAUUAUUUAUCCAAUGACGCACGUUGAAGAUUAUAAAAAGUCACAAGAACUAAACCGUGCACAAUUAGAUCAAUCUAGAAUAAGGCCUGAAGCUGCUGGAAAUAUGAACAAAUGGACUGAUCCAUUUGAACGAAAAAAUGAGUAA